GGGGGGGCGUCCACGCCUCCGGCCCCGGGCUCGUYGUCGCCCCCGCCGAAUACUGAGAGGUGGGGGGAUACGGAAACCGACUGGCUUUGUCGAUUCYGGAACGAGGUGAGGACGCUUAUGGGUGAAGAUACGGAGGUGUACGGACGUGCUCGGUUGAAGGCCGGGUUCUGGAAGAUAGUGGAGCAGCGGAUGYGGGAGAAGGGUUACAACCGUAGAGAUGAGCAGUGUAAGAAUAAGUUCAAUCAGAUAAUGGAAUACUAUAGGAGGCUGAAGGCGCACGAGAAGUGGUCCGGACGGCAGAGCUACWGGGAUAUGAACAAAGCUCAGAGGAAGAGGUACAACGUUGMUUUCGUCCUGAAAAGGAGCUGGUACGACAUCAUCGACCCGRGCGAGAAGGACAAGGACUCCAUCGACCUGUYGAAUCUAAUGGAUUCCGRUGCAGACGAGGAACKUUUGGAAGAUGAAGAUGAUGCAGCCGACCAUGGAUYGGGGGCGGGAGGAGCAUCCGGCGAUCYGCCAGCUGGCRUCGGUGGAUCUACCUCUGGGUCGCAGGGCGCGGGCAUAGAGCCCACGCUGGGGAAACGCAAGCGAGGGUAUGUCAGUGCGCGGGAAUCGAGUGUGCAGUCUGUGACGAUUGCCAUGCGUGCGCACACAGUUGCGUUGAYGCGUUCCGACAAAGAGUGCRCUGUGAUGCRGAUAGAAGCCAYGCGGGCUAUCRCGACRCAGCAGGUGGAGGCUCGCCGGGAGCUGGUGCUACAGGAAAUCGCAUCUCGCRAGCGGAUUGCGGACAGGAUGGGGGAGAGGGUUGAGAGGGGUUACUCUGCUCUCGCGGAUGCCAUUCGCAGCUUGCGCAGCAGGAGGGGURGCUCUAGGGAAUCACCRAGUAGCAGUGACUCCCGAUAGUGYGAGGGUUCUCGCAUGCAAUGCAGCAUUGCACARCGCUCU